AUAUUCUGGAGAAAACACAGGGAGUUGAAUAGAGAAAAAAAAAAGAUAUAAAAUAUUAAUUAAAUAAACAGUGAAAUGUGUUGUGGAUCGCUGUCGACUAACGACUAAUUAAUCACCGCCAUAAAAUGCGAUAAGUUAACACCAAAAGAUCAUAGUUUGGAUUUAUAUUGCAAGAAUGCUACCACCGAUUAUAAACAAUAUUAACAGUGAUAUAUUAACGUUGUAUACGAAUCCAAGCAACGGUAGAAGCGUGGCAAGCCGUGGUGCUACAAGGGGUCGUUACGCUGAAAUUGGUGUUAAAAGAGCAGUCUGCCGAAUAUUCUUGGAACGAACGAGUUGGAUGUUGACGAUGCGAGGAUGCUCUCUGUGUUCAAGAAGCGAUGUUUUCUUGGAACCGUAUCUGCAGCAGCACGGGACCGUUCAAGUUGUCAGCUCGCCGAGCACUCCACCACCGAAUCCGCUUCAACAUCAUCAACUUUCGCAACUACAUCAUGGCCAGAGCGAAGAAUCGCUUUCUUCGGAAGGCUCGGCCACCUCGGGAGGAUCUUCAACAACUACGGAAGAUUCUGGCAGCGAGGUGGCAUGUGACAUAACGCUGAUCGAAAGGCUCAUACGAUCUCAUCCGAUUUGGUUCCUCCCUGGUAUUCAAAGGGCUGGGGCUUUCCACUUGUUGCAAGGAAAGGAGGAAGGGAACUUCGUAGUCCGACAAUCAAGUCAAAGCGACACGAUGGCCCUUUCGGUGAGAUUACCUGCCGGAAAGGGACCUUACAUCGAGCAUUACCUGAUCCAAGCCAAUAAGGGGAAGUUGAGCUUGGAAACAAGCGAGAACAGGUUCGACAACAUCCCCUCAUUGAUAGCUCAUUAUUCCCAGUGCUGUAGUGAUGAAUUACCAGUGCAAUUGACACUACCGAGAGCAAUGCGAGAGGCUAAAAAUAGGCAGCAACUUUCAUCCUUGGCACUUUUAGGUCAAGAAUUUUGGAGAUAUCCAAUGGCGAAUCCAAAACCACCAGAAAGCAGUAGUAGUAAUACCUCAAGUUUAAGUAGUUUCCAUGGUUGUAACAACAAUUUUAAUAAUAACAAUAAUAAUAAUAAUAAUAAUAAUAAUAAUAAUAACAACAACAACAACAACGUUGGUACUCCAACAACAGAAAGCAUUGUUCUUAAUCUCGCACCUAUUUCAUCUCAUGAUAUACAAAAUUCUUCACCAACAAAUACAGGAACAACGUCGACGUUUGUGUCAUCUUUACCACGCCAGCCAAGACCAACACCACCCAAUACGCUUAAUCUGACGACCUUUAAUGAACCACUAGACAUGAAGAAAGAUCAACACGAAAUAAUGUCUCCGUGCGAAAAGCUCUCACAAAAAUUGAUCUCCCCAAACUUAGUGCAAAGCGUACGUUGUCCAUCCCCGAUCGUUCACAAUGUCGAAAGUAAUGUUCUAAGUCCCAUCCAGGAUACUAAAGGAAACUUCGAGAAUACGAGAAAUAUGCUUGAAACACCCAAGACAACGAUCGUCGAGUUUUCAAGAACUAGCAAGUUUACCUCGAUCGGCACAUCUACGUCUAAUUUCCAUCAAAAUAUUUCCAACUUCAAUAAUCCCUCGUGCACAAAUUCGUCUAUUGUUUCUGAUACUCAAAUUGUUGGUCAGAAUGUUAAAACUCCACCACCACCACCACCGAGAUGGGCUAAACCUGGAAUAAAUCAGAAUCAGAGUCACAGUCAAAAUCAAACUAAUUUCACGGUUACAACAACGGUUACAUUUAAUGUCAACCAAACUAAUGACAUAAUCGCGUCGCAACAAAAUACACCGACGGAAGCGAAUACGUCAUUGUUGAGUCCGCAAAGUGCAACCUCUAGCAAAUCUUUAACAAAUUUUUCCAUUAAAUCUCCUCUUUCACCAACGAUGCCAGUACUAUCACCUACGUCGAAAUUAGUUCCUAACGUUGGCAAUAAAACACCUAACAUUCUCUCGCCCACAACACCAUCGAGCACGAGUAAAUCGAAACGACGACGCGAUCGUGAAGCUAGAAAGAAUUCACAACAUUAUCAAGAAUCUGACAUCCUUGAUUCUUAUUAUCGUAGCUCGCCAGGUGAUAAGAUUUCAGACUACGAAGAUAUCUGGAACACAACUGAUCAAUCAAAUCAGUCUACUUGGUCACCGAAUGAUAGACUCGUACGAAACGAUCCACCAAGUAGUUCUAAUAAUGCUCAAGAUCGUUUAAGAAAUUCCAACGAUCGACUAAUCAGCCAAGAUAGAUUACUUAGUCCGAUUGAAAGAUCUACCAAUCAAAAAGAUGACAGAUUGACAGGGAACAAGCAGGUUAUUGUAAGAAAUGAAAGGUUCAUUUUGAGAAACGACAAGUCGGUUAUAAAUGAAAAACUUUGUUAUAAAGAAGUUGCUAGUCCAGAAUUCAGUAGUUUCAAACCUGUACCCGAAAUGAAAAGUAUCGAACAAGUAUCACCUGAAGAAACGGGAAUGGGAAGAAGGCCUGAUCUACUCUCUAGAGUUUGUAGUGCCAAUUCUUUGAACAGUCCUAGUGCAGUGACACCGCCAAGAAAUAAACUAGGAUUGAUACUUGCCAAAUCAGAAAGUAACAGCCCAUUGACACCUGAAUCAAAACAGGGUAGUCCAUUUUAUGCAGAACCAGCUGAUGCGAUUGCUCAAAAUGCCGCGAUAGUACCAAGAAGACGAUCAAAGAACAAUCCGGCUACAAAUAAAUAUCGUCAUAGCGAACCAGGCUGGUUACAAACACCGGUUGGCAAUAAUUCGAACCAAUUACAUCCUAUCGACUGGGAGGAAACGGAAGAAACAGAGGACAAGACGCCAUUGAUAUCAUCUUCCGUCGACAAUUUAGCUAAACGUCUUGGCACGAGGGAAAUGAAAAAAAUUCCUCGGGCAAAGCCAGUGCAACCACCAAAGAUCAGAGUCAAGGUAUUCAACGACACAUCCUGGGCCGUCGAUUCUAGUUGGGAGUUUAUCGGAAAUGAAGGAGAUGAUUGUGAGCCAGAUUACGACUGUGAUGCGGAUUACGACGGCGAGAAUGUCGCAAGAAAAUUUCCGGAUGAGGAGUGCGAUAGAGAUAUUGUAAGAAAUACUUUGACUGUUCAGAGUAUCAUUCUGCAACGGUACCCAGAAUUAUUAAAACCGCCGGACAUAUCGGAGUCUCUAUACAGCGACAGGAACUCCUCUUACGAUAAUGUUGAAAAGAGGAAUGAAAGAGAAGACACUCCGGAAUCGAAAAAAGAACCAACGUAUGAUCCUUCUGAGUGGGAAACUAUGCUAGAUACGGAUGAGAGCGAUAUUGAAAGAAUUAAGAGAAACAAAAGCUUCAAGGAAAGACUAGAUCCGCUUUUGUCACCACCACGAUUACAAGCUUUGAGGAAUCGCGACAUGAAUGGUACUGGUUCAACCAUAAGAUCCUACGCUCUCCAAUUAGCAGCCGAUAAAACAACAACGUUCUCUCAAAACAUUGACAAUUUCAUUCAAUGUACGAAGGAAGGAAAAGAAGCAAGUCCUCAUGUAGUUAUGAGAAAUAUGCGACAAUUUAUGUCGGGAAUGAAGAAUUAUUUGGUAAAACACGGUGAACGAGAGUUUGAGAAAGAAGUUGAGAAGGAAAGAUUAAAAUUAAAAUCAAACGAAUUUUUGAAUCUCGAUGCCAUUCUGGAAGGUGUGAUGAUGGGACUCGUUGUACGACCACUCAGAGAACAUGUUUAUAGGCUUUUUGUGGAUCAUUAUGCUAGUACAGGUUCUCUUCAAACACUCGCUGAAAGUAUUCAACAUGCCCAGGGUAAACAUGUUCAAGAUCUUGGUGUCCGAGCAAAAAUUAUACCACCGUCGGAAUCUAGCCUGGAACGUAUAUUGAAAUAUUUAGAACGACUACAGAAAGCAGAUUCACCAUUGGAUAAACUGGAGAAUUUAUUAGCUGCAAUAUCCGCAAUUUUUAAUUCUGUAAAACAUUCUAAUUCUGUAAAGCAUGUGACCCUGGGUGCCGACGAUCUUUUACCUCUCCUCGUGUGGGUAUUAGUUCGUGGUAAGGUUGUUGAUGCUGAGGUCGAAGCUGAAUAUAUGUGGGGCCUCCUUCAUCCUUCUCUUCUUACUGGAGAAGGUGGUUAUUAUCUGACAACGCUCUCUAGUGCAGUGCACGUUUUGAAGACUUUUAAAUCUAGCCAUGGAACAAUGUCCACGUUAAACGGCUCUGGAACACCUGACUGCUCUUCCGUUUUACGUAUUCUUGUACCGGAUGAAUUACAUGGUUCCUUGAAUACCAGAACUUUACCAGUGCGACCGAAUAUGAAUACCAGAGAUAUUUGUCGUAUUCUUGCACACAAAAUAAGAUGCACCAACCCUCAAGAUUAUGGUCUUUUCAAAUUGGUGCAAGGAGAAGAAACGCUGUUAGGUGAUCAGGAAUGUCCGCAAGAGCUCAAUCACUGCCUUUUUGCCUAUAAACGAAUCGAUGCGAAAAUAGCCUGGCCGAAAACUAGUUCUUGAACGUCACAAUGCGGCAUAUUUUUUACUACAUUAAAUUAGAAUUUGUAUCAUUCUCGUGUUGUUCGUAAGUUUAUGGCACAUUGUCAUUCUAUAAUUAUCCUACUCUGACUGAACUAUCUAAUAAGAGACGUUUAUGAAACUGGUAUGUCAAUCCAUGUAACUGAUUGUAUCUUAUAUACAUUUCGUAUUAUUGCGAAUUUUAUUAUUGUUCUACUAGAUCUCUGUACAACCACACAUUCUUUUUUUCAGUUCUCUCUCUCUCUCUCUCUCUCUCUAAUUCAGAACUUUUUAGACAUUUUUUAAAUUAAAUUUUAUUCGAAAUAAGUAUUAUUUCACGAGUAGUUACCUUUAAAGCACGCAUCUAAUCUUUCGUGAAUAAUAACAAGCUUUAUAAAGACCUACAUCUUAUCCUAAACGAAUACUUGCCACUUUAGUGUUCGUAAUACUUUUUAAUCAUAAGAAUUUUUUAAGUAAUAGUAUAUUCCAUAUGCUUAUAAAGAUAUAAAAUUUGAUGGCAUGGACAUUUUUCUUUUUAAUUGUAAUAAUUUUUUUUACUAAAAGAUACUUUUUUCCUUGUUAAGAUACGUAUGUAAAAUUCACAACCAAAAGGUGGUUGCGCUUGAACAUAUUUUAUACAGGUGCUACUUUUUGAAGGAGUUUGCUCUAUCAAACUUACUGCGUUAUGUAAAGCUAAAUCUAUUACGCGAAAAAAUGAUAUAAAUUAUUCACGAAUCGACGACAAAAAAACAAAGAAAAUGAAUAGUGCGUACGUUUUACUUUUCCAUUCGUAUAUACAAUUAUGUAUCAAUGAAACAAAAAAAAAUAUGUUAUUCAAUAUUUAAUACUUCAUAAAAGUCUACAUUAACGAUAUUACUAAUACGAUUAUUAUAAUCAACCUAGAUUAGCAGAGUGGGGUUCGAAUUAAGAGAGCCAUGUUAUUCGUAAUAAAAUUGUAAAGAAUAUGAAAGAGAAAGAAG